AGCUGGGCUGGAAGGAAGGAAGGGGAGACGGGAGGGGAGCAGGGGUGGCCACUGGGGAGGGGCCAGCAGGGUCUUUCAUGCAUGUUCCUUUGUGGCUAGUGGUAUGUCUUCCCCUUUCACAGAUGAGAAAACUGAGGCCCCGAGGCUCAUAGACCAAAGGAUUGCCUAUGCCAUGUAGCUUGUCAGGGCAGGGAUUCAAGCUGCCAUGUACUGGUUUCAUGGUACACACCACUUCUAGGAGGUCCUGGGGACUCAUAAGCAACCCCUGAAACUGAAAUUGAAUCCAGUAAGGGAAAGAGGCAUAGAAUUUUUAGAACUAGAAAGAACUUUGAGAUUGCCCAGUCCAACCUUGUCACUUUACUGAGGGCAAACAGCAGCUCAUAGAAGGAAUUUGGUCACACAGCGAGCACAGCAGAGCAGGGCCAUGAACCCAGCUCUCCUGUCCACAGCCAGGAUGCCACAGCUGUCUUCUGAGACAGCCCCUGGACAGUGUCACUGAGGCCGUUCAUCCAAGGCUGUCACCAUGGGGCAGGGAGUCCUUCCAUGGCCUGACUCACUACCCGGGGACGCAGUCACCACAGAGUCGCCUGUGCCAGGGCACUGCUGGCCCCUCAGGCUCUAGGAACGGGAACCAGAUUCUUGUCGCCUAGCCUGAGUCACCACCGACUCGAGUUGGUGUGUGUUCUCUUGGCUCCACCCACCCCCCCCCAAAAAAAAGCUGGGUGGGAACUCAGCGCAGAACAGAGUGAAGUGCAUCGACCCUGGGCUGAAUAAUCCAGAGAGGGGCGUUGGAUGGGACCCGGAGCGAUGAGAUCUGGAGGGGAGCCCCGCCUUCCUCACGUGCAUGUAAAUGUUCCUGUUGGUCGAGGCCUCAGCGUCCUCUCGGCCUCCCUGAGCUCCUCGCUCUCCUUGCUUCUCGCCAUGACCACCUGCAGCCGCCAGCUCACCUCCUCCAGCUCCGUGAAGGCCUCCAGCCACAUCGAUGGUGUCCAGGUCCUGUCCGGAAGCUCCUGCCAGGCCUCCAGCGCCUAUGGGGGCCUGUCCGUAUCCUGCUCCCCUUGCUGCUCCUCCGGGGGUGUCUGCGGGCUGGGGGGUGGCUAUGGCGGUGGCUUCAGCAACAGCAGCAGCCUUGGAGGGGCUCUGUGUGGCAGCUUGGUUGGAGGAUAUGGGGGUGGCCUUGGUGUAGGCUACAGUGGUGGCGAUGGUAGCCUCCUCCCUGACAAUGAGAAGAUCACCAUGCAGAACCUGAAUGGCCGUCUGGCCUCCUACCUGGGCAAAGUGCACGCCCUGGAGGAGGCCAACAGGGAGCUGGAGACGAAGACCCAUGACUGGUACCAGAGUCAGGGGCCCAGGCCCGCCCGUGACUAUAGCUCCUAUUUCAAGACCAUUGAGGAUCUGAGGAACAAGAUUAUCGAGGCCACCAUAGAGAAUGCACAGCCCCUUCUGCAUGACAACGCAAGGCUGGCAGCGGAUGACUUCAGGACCAAGUAUGAGCAUGAGCUGACCCUGUGCCAGAGAGUGGAGGCCGACAUCAAUGGCCUGCACAGGGUGCUGGACGAGCUGACUCUGGCCAGGACUGACCUGGAGAUGCAGGUCGAAGGCCUGAAGGAGGAGCUGGCCUACCUGAAGAAGAACCACGAGGAGGAGAUGCUUGCCUUGCAGAAUCAGAUUGGUGGGGACGUCAGUGUGGAGAUGGACGCCGCCUCCAGUGUAGACCUGAGCCGCGUCCUGAAUGAGAUGCGUGACCAGUAUGAAGCAGACAGAAACUGCAGGGACGCCAAGGCCUGGUUCCUGAGCAAGUCUGAGGAGCUGAACAAAGAAGCGGCCUUUAACAGCGAGCUGAUGCAGAAGAGCCACAGUGAGCUGAAUGAGCUCCGGCGGGUGCUCCAGGGCCUGGAAGUUGAGCUGCGGUCCCAGCUCUGCAUGAAAGCAUCCCUGGAGAAAAGCCUGGAGGAGACCCAACACCGCUACUGCCUGCAGCUGGCCCAGAUCCAGGAGCGGAUCAGCAGCGUGGAGGAGCAGCUGGCACAGCUGCACUGCGAGAUGGAGCCGCAGAACCAGGAGUACAAGAUCCUGCUGGACGUGAAGGCGUGGCUGGAGCAGGAGAUCGCCACCUACCGCCGCCUGCUGGAGGGCGAGGACACCCACCUCUCCUCCCAGAAACCAUCCGGCCAAAACUAUGCUUCCUGAGAAGUCUUCACCUCCUUCUUCCCGUCCUCCUCUGGUCGGCUGACCCAGUCCAUCCUCAAGGAAGAGGGCUCGUCCGGCUUCUGCCCUGGCCAGAGCUCCAAGCCCUGAGCAGCUUCUCCAGGAGCCUCCUGCCUGCCCUCCCACCUGCCCACCCACCAGCUUCACUGCCCAAAGGCCCGAGUCUGGCCCCUGCUCCCCCGCUAUGCGGCUCCCAGCUGUCUUCCCUUCCUCUCUGCUGGUGGUGGGCUAAUAAAGCUGAAUUUCUAGUUG